GAGUAUUUAGACUUCAGACCUUUGAACCUGGAGCAGAGAUACACACCGAACCGCUGUUCAACAUGAGUCUCCUGUCAGGGUUUUACGUCCUCUUGGGUCUUUACAGCUGUCAUUCUGCUACAGUGUUUGUGGGGAAGGACGAGGCUCAUGGGGGUUUGAUCCGGACUAAGCGGGCGAACUCGGGCUGGUUUGAGGAGCUGAAGAUGGGCAAUCUGGAGAGGGAGUGUCUGGAGGAGAAAUGUUCGUAUGAGGAGGCGCGAGAGGUGUUUGAACACGCGGAGGCCACCAAUGAGUUCUGGAAGAUCUACAAUGUUAAAGAUCACUGUGCAUCAAAUCCAUGUGAGAAUAAUGGGCUCUGCUCGAUCCAGAACGCAGAAUCCUACACGUGUCUGUGUUCGCCGGGCUUCAGCGGACGCAACUGUGAGCAGGAGAUGAAAGACAUCCCUGACUCCUGUCUUUAUAAUAAUGGGGGCUGCGAGCACUUCUGCACGGAGAAGGAUGCUCAGCGGAGCUGUUCCUGUGCUGAUGGAUAUACCUUAGGGUCAGAUGGUCAGAAGUGCCUGACAAAAGAGGCUUUUCCGUGUGGGAAGGUUCCUCUUCUUCAGGGGCCAGGUGCUGCUGUGAAUCCUAAGGAUGAUGCGAGAUCUCGUAUCGUUGGUGGAGCUGAAUGUCCUAAAGGACACUGUCCCUGGCAGGUGUUGCUAAAGUACGGUCAGAAGGGUUUCUGUGGAGGUGUGAUCUACAAACCCACCUGGAUCCUCACCGCCGCCCACUGUUUGGAAAAACUCAAUGUCAGGUUUCUCAAUAUAGUCGCAGGUGAGCAUGACAUUCAGGUGGACGAAGGCACAGAACAGGUGAUCCAGGUGGAGCAGAUGCUCGAGCACCCCAACUACAACUCCAGCACCUCCGACAACGACAUCGCCCUGCUGCGUCUGCGCAAACCCAUCGUCUACAGCACCUACGCCGUCCCCGUCUGCCUGCCGCUGCGAGACACGGCCGAGCGCGAGCUGUGGGCCGUCAGCAAGCACACGGUCAGCGGCUGGGGCAAACGCAGCGAGGACGGGCCCACGUCACGCUUACUGCGCCGCCUGCUGGUGCCCCGCAUCCGCUCACAGGAGUGCAUCGAGAUCAGCAACGUGGCACUCACCAGCAACAUGUUCUGCGCCGGUUACAUCGAGGGCAAGCAGGACUCGUGUAAAGGGGACAGCGGUGGGCCUCUGGUGACCCACUACAGGAACACCACCUUCCUGCUGGGCAUCGUGAGCUGGGGCAAAGGCUGUGCCCGACCAGGGUCCUACGGCAUUUACACCCGCGUCUCCAACUACCUGCAGUGGAUCCACCAACAAACAGCCAACUCUACAGCUGCAACACAAUGAAGCGUUAACACACAGCAAAUCUUUUAUUUUAUCUGAUUUUCUUCUUUAUGUAAAUAUGCUUCAAUCC